GCUCUGCGCUGACCCUGAACGCGGUGAGCUCUCUGAACAUCGUAAGGUAGCUGAACGUUUGGACAUUUUGUCGCACGUGCAAUGCCAGCUUCUCGAACGAAGCGAGAUCUCUGUCUGCCGCGACCUUUCUGAGUACUGCGAGAUCGCGGAAAAGCGCCGUCUCUGUGAAGCACGGGGUGGUUCUGAGCGGCGCGGGCUGCUUGUGCAAAGUGAGAUGGCUGAGCGUCUGCUCCACCUAAAGUCUGUGCACCCGGAGUUGCCUGAAAGCUGUGCGGUCUUUGAGCAAAGUGAUCUGGUUGAACACCACGCACUCCCUGAGCACUUUGAUAUCGCUGAACGAAGUGAACUUUCUGGUGAGGGAGGGUUCUGUGAACAAAGCCGACCGUCUGAAUUCUGCGAGGUAGGCAAAUUCAGUGAACCCUUAGGUCAAAGUGGGUCUUCGGGGCAAAGCGACUCUUCAGAACAAAGUGGGUCUUUGGGGCAAAGCGACUCUUCAGAACAAAGUGAGUCUUCAGAACAAAUUGCAUCUUCAGAACAAAGUGAAUCUUCUGAACACAGCGGGUCUUCAGAACAAAGUGAAUCUUCUGAACACAGCGGGUCUUCAGAACAAAGUGAAUCUUCUGAACACAGCGGGUCUUCAGAACAAAGUGAAUCUUCUGAACACAGCGGGUCUUCAGAACAAAGUGAAUCUUCUGAACACAGCGGGUCUUCAGAAAAAAGUGAAUCUUCUGAACACAGCGGGUCUUCAGAACAAAGUGAAUCUUCUGAACACAGUAGGUCUUUUGACCUAAGUGAGUCUUCAGAACACAGCGAACCUUCUGGAAUAAGUGACCAAAUUGAGUCUUUUGAACCAUGUGAGCCCUCUGAAGAAAAUGAGCAUUCUGAGAAAAGGCAGUUUUUUGAACAAAGUGAGUCUUUUGAACACUGUGAGUCCUUUGAAGAAAGUGAAUCAUCUGAACACAGUGAACCCUUUGAGAAAAAUGAACCUUCUGAAAAGUGUGUAUCUUUGGAACAGUGCGAGCCCUCUGAAGAAGCUGAGCUGUCUGAUGGAAGUGAGGACUCUGGACAAAGUGAGGACUCUGAACAGGGUGAGGACUCUGAACAGGGUGAGGACUCUGAACAAAAUGACGACUCUGGACAAAGUGAGGACUCUGAACAAAAUGACGACUCUGGACAAAGUGAGGACUCUGGACAAAAUGACGACUCUGGACAGGGUGAGUGCUCUGAACAAAAUGAGGACUCUGAACAGGGUGAGUGCUCUGAACAGGGUGUGGAUUCUGGACAAAGUGAGGACUCAGAGCAAAGUGAGGACUCAGAGCAAAGUGAGGACUCAGAACAAAGUGAGGACUCAGAACAAAGUGAGGACUCAGAGCAAAGUGAGGACUCAGAGCAAAGUGAGGACUCAGAGCAAAGUGUGGACUCUGAACAGGGUGUGGACUCUGAACAGGGUGUGGACUCUGAACAGGGUGAGUAUUCGGAGCAAAGUGAGUACUCUGGACAAAGUGAUCUGACUGAAUAUUGUGAGUCCACUGAUGAUUGUGAGCUCUCUGAACAAAGUGGCACUGAAGAGCACAAGCUUUGUGAACAAAGUGAGGUCACUGAACAUUGUGUAUUAUCUCAAAAAAGUGAUAAGCUGGAAGAGCAUGAAUUGUCUGAACACCACAAGCUGUCUGAGACAUUUAAGCUUUCUGGGAGUGAGCACAGUGCUUGCUGUGACAUUCCUGAAGGAAGCAAGUUCUCUGAACAUUGUCAACCCUCUGAACACUGCCAGCCCUCUGAACACUGUGAGGUGCUUGGACACUGUCAUCCCUCUGAACACUGCCAGCCCUCUGAACACUGUGAGCUGCCUGGACACUGCCAGCCCACUGAACGCUGUGAGCCCCCUGAACACUGCCAGCUGCCUGGACACUGCCAGCCCUCUGAACACUGUGAGCUGCCUGGACACUGCCAGCCCACUGAACACUGCCAGCCCUCUGAACACUGUGAGCUGCCUGGACACUGCCAGCCCUCUGAACGCUGUGAGCACCCUGAACACUGUGAGCUGCCUGGACACUGCCAACCCACUGAACACUGUGAGCUGCCUGGACACUGUGAGCUGCCUGGACACUGCCAACCCACUGAACACUGCCAGCCCUCUGAACGCUGUGAGCACUUUGAACACUGUGAGCUGCCUGGACACUGCCAACCCACUGAACGCUGUGAGCACCCUGAACACUGUGAGCUGCCUGGACACUGCCAACCCACUGAACACUGCCAGCCCUCUGAACGCUGUGAGCACCCUGAACACUGUGAGCUGCCUGGACACUGCCAGCCCUCUGAACACUGUGAGCUGCCUGAACACUGCCAGCCCUCUGAACACUGUGAGCUGCCUGGACACUGCCAACCCACUGAACACUGCCAGCCCUCUGAACGCUGUGAGCACCCUGAACACUGUGAGCUGCCUGGACACUGCCAGCCCUCUGAACACUGCCAGCCCUCUGAACGCUGUGAGCACCCUGAACACUGUGAGCUGCCUGGACACUGCCAGCCCUCUGAACACUGUGAGCUGCCUGGACACUGCCAACCCACUGAACACUGUGAGCUGCCUGGACACUGCCAGCCCUCUGAACACUGUGAGCUGCCUGAACACUGCCAGCCCUCUGAACACUGUGAGCUGCCUGGACACUGCCAACCCACUGAACACUGUGAGCUGCCUGGACACUGCCAGCCCUCUGAACACUGCCAGCCCUCUGAACACUGUGAGCUGCCUGAACACUGCCAGCCCUCUGAACGCUGUGAGCUGCCUGGACACUGCCAGCCCUCUGAACGCUGUGAGCUGCCUGGACACUGCCAGCCCGCUGAACACUGUGAGCUGCCUGAACACUGCCAGCCCUCUGAACACGCAAAAAUAUGUGAGGAGAGUCAAGAUUUUGACUACUGUAAGGUCUCUGAAAGUGUGCUUUCUGAAUCCAGCCUGAUCUUGGAACAACAACCACUUUCUGAGCCAGACAAGCCAUCUGACAGCCUCUCCCAGCCCAACAGACUGUCUGAAGAACACGAGCUCCCUGAGCGAAGCAUAGCCUCUGAACACCAACUGCCAUCUGAGCAAGACCGUGUGUCUGAACCCGCGGACUCCUCUGAGGAGAACAGACUGGCCGAACACCACACAGCCCAGCAGCAAAGCGGGUCCUCUGAAUAUUUCCUGAUUUCGGAGGGCCCUGAUGAACAGGGCGAGCUCCCCGGAGAGACGGAGCUCCCCGAGCCCCACGGCUCCCCGGCCCGGGACCGCCCCGAGGACGGGCGGGCUCCGGAGGAAAGCGACCCGUCCGGAUACUUCGUGAUCGCGCAGCUCACGCAGCCCGAGGCGGAGGGCGAGGAGGAGCCCGAGGAGGGCGAGUUCUGCGAGGAGGGCGAGGACUGGGACCUCUGCGAGUGCGAGUUCUGCGUGCCGCCGGACGGGGACGCCCAGGUUCCCGCGAAGCCGCUGCUUCCUCAGAUAAAGUCUAAAGACGCGGGGAAGAUCUGUGUGGUGAUUGAUCUGGAUGAAACACUAGUGCACAGUUCAUUCAAGCCAGUGAACAAUGCCGAUUUUAUCAUUCCAGUGGAAAUUGAUGGAACAGUUCAUCAGGUGUACGUGUUGAAACGACCACACGUGGACGAGUUUCUCAGACGGAUGGGAGAGCUGUUUGAGUGCGUGUUGUUCACUGCAAGCCUAGCCAAGUAUGCGGACCCAGUGUCGGACCUGCUGGACAAGUGGGGAGCGUUCCGGUGCCGCCUCUUCCGCGAGUCCUGCGUCUUUCACCGCGGCAACUACGUCAAGGACCUGAGCCGAUUGGGCAGAGACCUCAACAAGGUCAUCAUCGUGGACAACUCCCCCGCCUCCUACAUAUUCCACCCAGACAAUGCUGUUCCCGUGGCCUCGUGGUUCGAUGACAUGUCCGACACGGAGCUGCUGGAUCUGAUCCCGUUUUUCGAGAGACUGAGCAAGGUGGAGGACGUGUACACAGUUCUGAAGCAACAGAGGACUUCUAGCUAACGUGACGUCACGGGGAGGAGGAGGGCGGGGCUUUCCGCGGGGGCCACGGAGGCUUGGGGGGGGGGGUGCGUGCCCGAGCCCCGCCCUGCCCCGCCCCGCACCGCCCCGCCCCUCAGCAGACGGACUGACCUCCGCGCCUACCCAGAAUCCCGCGCGAAGGAAGCGUGGAGCUGGAGCGAGCCCAGAAAGGAGGCUUCGGUCCGGAAGAGCGAGAUUGCCGCGGAGAACCUCUCAUCACAAACGAAAAAAAAAAAAAAAACGUGUAGAAUAAUGUUAACACUUGAAGAUUUGCUAUUCCUUUCUUUCGCUACUGUUUGUUUCCUCUACAAGACGAGUUUGAGGGAGGGCCCCGGUUUUAAAGGAACUUUGGUGGUCCUCAUAAGACGGGCGAUGCGGCCCUCCCUCUCUCUCAUGUAUAAUCAGUGCUAAGUGUACCGUACGCAUUUCACAGCGGAGGGCUUGGGUUUCGGGUUGAACUUCACUCAUUCCCACUUUUCGAUGAGUUGACCUCGAAUGCCCUAGUAAGUCUCCGAAAAAAAAUCUUAAUUGGGCAGCCACGCGGAAGCAGCUUGGAGUAUGCAGAUUCUUUUCUUAACCCAUGUGUUCUGAUUAAAAUAAAAAAAAUAUCACAGUAUUCAGAAUGUUUUAACACAAUAAUCAUCUUUAAUUUACCAUGCAAACACUUCAAAGUAAGGCAAAGCAUCGUAGUAUGCUUUCAAUAUUUGACUUUUUUUUUUUCUUUUUUUUUUUUAGUGAACCAAGUCUUAAAUGAAACCAGUGUUAUGAGUCAAAGCUUGUCCAUCACCAGUUGUAGCAUGUAAUGUAAAUGCCUACUUUGCUAUUUUUUUUCCCAGCUCCAGAAACUAAAUCGGAGAGAUUCCUGAUCAUG